GACACAUAGCUGUUAGUACAACAUGUGUUGUUGGCAUUCCAUUAACCACAAAAGUUGUGCGCAGUGGUCUUCUUCUUCACUCUCAUGCGUGGGUAUCUUCUCUUCAUGGUGAUCAUUCUGUCAAAGCAUGGAGGAUUAAUUAAGCACCAUGUGGUGGCAUUGCUUUUCAGACAUGAACAUGGGAGCUAAUCUUUCUAUACUCACAACCUUGCUGUUAAAGAACAAAGGAGGGAGCCUUUGCAUCUGGCUUCGAUAUCGUCUUGCUGCCAUAGGAGAAAGAAAGAAGACCAUGGCAGCUUGGUUCUCCACCUUCUUCUGACAAGAACCUUGCUGUCAUGGAAGAAUGGAGGAAACCACAAAUCAGCUUUCAAUCUCUCCUUGCUGUCCAAGAUGGAAGUAGGAAGCAAGUGCCUAUUCACCUCGUGAUCUUCUGGUGAUUUGUUAGUAUUAACAUAUUGGCAAGGAGAGGCAAUAUCCCAUUGAGAUGGAUCCGGGUGAGGAAGAAAAUCUUGGAGAGGUAAUUAAUAUCCCCUUGAGAUGGAUCCGAGUGAAGAAGAAAGGUGAAAGCAACCAUAUCUUUUCCUUGCUGUCCACUCAGUGUAAUCAUGAAGACCUUGCUGUCUAAAAUGAUAGUGGGAAGCAAGCAACUGGUGAUCAUUCAUACAUGAACUUAAAGACCAAGUAUGAUAGUUUGUUUAAUUGCAAGUAUGGAUAUCUUGCUGUCGAAGACAGGUGGCCUUGUUCAUCUUCAUGGAAGCCUUGCUGUCAAAGAUCAAAGUGGGAGACAAUUGCAGCAGGGUUCCCCAUUUUAGUUGGUUAUCUUGCCGAAACACAAGGCCCUACUCCAACCAAGCUUCUAGCAACUUUGACAGAAUGGAAUUCCUUCUUCCUCCUAUAUAUACAUGGGUAUUCUGUUUGUUCUAUGUAUUGAAAUCGUGUUGAGUUUCAAUCCCUUGAUUGUAAAAGAGUCAGACUCUUUGUUGCUCUGUUUUGUUCCAUGUUGAAAACAGUUUGUGAGUCUGUCCAGUAAGGAUUGCAGCAGUCAUUGCAAUCCCACAGUUAAAUGUGUAGUCUGUCCAGUAAGGAUUGCAGCAGUCAGUGCAAUCCCAGAUUGUAAGUUAGUCAGUUCAGGAGGGAUUGCCGCGGUCAGUGCAAUACCUGAGUUGUAACUUUGUAAUAUAUUUUGAUUAGUGAAUCAUUGGGUUCUCAAGAGUUAGAGCCCCGCAGUGUUUUUAAUCUCAAUUGAGGUUUUCACUGCGUGACCAAUGUUGUUGUGUUAUGCAUAUUCUCUGUUCUUGAUUAUGUAGAGAUUAUAAUCUGUCAUUCUUUCUGGAGCUUGUACAUCCUUGUAUUUACAAUUGGUAUCAGAGCGGGUUCUAAAGAGUUUUAGUUGAUCCGUGAUCAAGGAUGGAACAUCAACGUGACAGAGCCUCCAGCUCCAUUAACUGUCCACCAUUAUUUGAUGGAGAAGAUUACUCACAAUGGAAGAUUAUGAUGAGGGCAUUUCUCUACUCUCAAGAUGAAAAUAUGUGGAAUAUAGUAGAAAUUGGUUGGGAACAUCCAACCAUGGCAGAAGACUCCAAGAAAGAAGAAGUGAGUUCUGCAAGAAUUCCUAAGCCUAGAAAGGAAUGGACAAAGGAGGAGGUUCGUGACAGAAAUUGUGAUUUCAAGUCACGAAAUUCAUUAUUCACAGCUCUAUCCAAGAAGGAGAGAAUGAGAAUCAGCCACUGUGACACUGCCAAACAAGCAUGGGAUCUUCUCCAAGUCACCUAUGAAGGUAAUAAAAAGGUUAGAGGGCAGAAACUUCAACGACUAGUUUUGGAAUUUGAGAAUAUGUCAAUGACUGAAGAUGAAUCAAUCGACGACUUUCAUGCUCGGCUUCUCAAUGUGACAAGUCAAUGUCGGAGCUUGGAUGAUCCAUUUGAGGAGCACCGAAUUGUCAAGAAGCUUCUUAGGUCUCUUCCUUCAAAAUUCCAGGCCAAACAGAUUGCCAUUGAGGAGGCUCAGGAUCUAGAUACCUACACUCUUGACGAACUGGUGGGAAAUCUCAAAACUUUUGAGAUGAGACUCAAACCGGAUAAAAAGGUAAAAGAUGUUGCUUUUUCUUCCAUUAAUGAUAAAGAUGAUAUUGUUGAUGAUUCUAUGGAUUUAACUUUGUUGACAAAAGAGUUUAAAAAAUUUCUGAAUGAUAAAAACUCAUUUGGAAACACCUCAAGAAACUUUUCUGACACAAAGAGAGGUCAAGAAUUUGAGAAUCGUUUUGAUAAAAAUUCAAAGUUUGCCAAAUUUGCUCAAAAGAAAAGUUUUCCUGACAAACCUAAAUGCUAUGAAUGUGGUGGAAUUGGACAUAUUGCUGCUAAUUGUGGGAACAGGAGAUAUAAUUCACGUGGCGACAAAGCUUUAAAAUCCACAUGGAGUGAUAGUGAUGAAGGAUCUCAAUCGGAUUCUGAAGAGGUAAAUCUUGCUCUUACUUCUUCCCUUAAUAUUGAUUUAUCCGACGAGUCUGAUAUUGAAGUUGAAGCUUUUGAUGAGGAGACGAAUGAAAAGUGUAAGCAAUUGUACAAUGCUUCAAAAAUUGUUCUUCGAAAAAAUUGCAAACUUGAAGAAGAAGUUACAUUUUUAAGAGUGGAAAAAGAAAAACUUGAGCAAAAAUUUGAAAAUUCUUUAAGAGAAUGGGAAAAAGAACGUUCUAACCUUGUUGAUAAGAUUAAAGUUUUGCAGAAUGAGGUCAAGAGUCAAGAUUGGGACAAGGAGCAUGAUGAUCUUAUUAACAAAAUUAAAAUCUUGCAGGUUUCUAAGAUGAUUGGCUUUGGUAAAGCUCAUAGCAACAAAGAAGGUUUAGGGUAUGAAGGUGGAACUUGCAAGCCUUUGACCUUUGUAAGAGGUGUGGAAUGUGAAAAGUCAAUGGGCCAUUCUCAAACUUCAAAUGACCAUGAUUCUGCUCCCAAGUUGCCCAAAAGAUUAGAACCGAAUUUGAAUUCUCAAACCAAUCAGAGAGUUGCUCAGGUAAGUUCUGACAAACACAGGAUCACUCAAAGUCAAAGGAAAGCAUCAAAAAUUAGCCCAACUGCAUCGCUGCAAGCUGAGCUGAAAGAGCAUCUAAAGUUGAUUAAAAGGAUGGCAGAGCGUAUUCCAAUCCCCAAAGAGCAGAAUUUGAAGCAGAAGCAAAUUUGGAUUAAAAAAGGUUCUAAUAAUUGUCUUUCUGCUCAUAUGGAUAAACUUGAUAACAUGUUUGAACUUGCUUCUAUUCCUAUUAAACACAAAUUGGCUGAUUCGGUUACUAAGUCCUUAGACACAGCUCGAUUUGAAUCUCUUAGAAGCGACAUUGGUGGGUGCUCUAAGUAUUGA